AUCUGAGCUCGACUAGUUCUGACGUCAUCAGGCACACACUGUCGACUUCAGAAAAACAGAUCGACCUAAAUUCAAUUUUGGUGUUAUUUUAAGAAGCGAAUAUCAAAUAAAUGGACCGAAUAGCAUCGUUUUCAGACGAUCCCUUUGAUAAACCGCCAUGCAAAGGCUGCUCAUCCAAUCUAACCGAACCAUACAUCAAGUGUGCAGAAUGUGGACCUUCACCUGUUUUAUUGUGUCUUCAGUGUUUUACCAGAGGAUUUGAGCACAAGAAGCAUCAGAGUGAUCACAGAUAUGAAAUCAUGACUUCAGACUUCCCGGUGCUGGAGCCUGGAUGGACGGCGCAGGAGGAGAUGGCUCUGCUUGAGGCCGUCAUGGACUGUGGGUUUGGGAACUGGCAGGACGUGGCAUACCAGAUGCGCACCAAAACAAAAGAGGAGUGUGAGAGCCACUACAUGAAGAAUUUCAUCAACAACCCUCUCUUUUCCUCCACCUUACUCAGCUUGAAGAAAACAAAAGAUUCUCGUUUUGCAGAAGGAGCGAUUCCCUUUAAACCCUGUGACGACCCGCCCCGGCCCAUCUUCGACUCGGUGCUCUCUCGGGACAUGGCAGGUUACAUGCCAGCCAGAGCAGACUUCAUGGAGGAGUUUGACAACUACGCAGAAUGGGAUUUGAAAGACAUUGACUUUGUGGACGAUGACUCAGACAUCCUUCACGCUCUCAAGCUUGCAGUUGUUGACAUUUAUCAUUCAAGGUUAAAGGAGAGACAAAGAAGAAAGAAGAUCAUCAGAGACCAUGGAUUGAUCAACCUCCGUAAAUUCCAGAUGUUGGAGCGAUGCUACCCAAAGGAGGUUCAGGAGCUUUAUGAUGCCAUGAGAAGGUUUGCUAGAGUGGUCGGGCCAACGGAGCACGACAAAUUCAUCGAAAGUCAUGCAGUUGAGUUUGAGUUGCGGCGAGAGAUCCGCCGGCUGCAGGACUACAGGAAAGCAGGAAUCAAGUCUUUCUGCAGCGCAAAGGUUUAUGAACGAGUGGGGCGGCUGCGUGAAGAGGAGCGUAGGAAGAGGACCAUGCUGAACGACGUGUUGCAGUACAUCCAGGACGGCAAAGCCUGUCAGCAGUGGCUCAGCAAACAGGCAGCAAUAGAUGCUGGCAUCACUCCAGCCGUCACAACAAUCACAGUUUCAGCAACAGGUAGGAGAAGCGCCCCUCCUCUAAACCUGACUGGACUGCCGGGAACAGAGAAGCUCAAUGAGCGAGAGAAAGAGUUGUGUCAGGUUGUGCGGCUGGUGCCCGGAGCUUAUCUGGAGUACAAGCAGGCCCUGCUGAACGAGUGCAGACGGCAGGGGGGGCUGCGGCUGGCGCAGGCACGAGCGCUGAUCAAGAUCGACGUGAACAAGACCAGAAAAAUCUACGACUUCCUCAUCAAAGAGGGCUACAUCACUAAAGCGUAGCAGGAGGACGGUCGCCGCUCUGUUUUACUGUGUUUUAAAUAGUUGACUGCUAUUUUGAUGUAUGACAAAGUGUUCAAACGUAUAAUCUGUUUUACUAUGAAAACUAAUAAAGUCACACGUUUAAAAAUUCCCACCAAAUAUUUUUUUUUGUUUUGUUUACAUACAUAAGUGUUAACCAUUUGGUGUAGAAUGCUUCUGGUUCUGUUUCAGUCGUUGGGGAGUUUGUAUUUCUUAUGGUUUCCCAGUGUAUGUGAAUUAACUGGAUUUCAGUGAAAUCAGUUUCUUUUAGUAAAAAAUGUGCUGCACAUUUCAGUGUGGAAUAAAGGUUUAGUUUUCAAAGACA